GCACAGUUGCAAGGCAAGUCGUUGAGUGCAAUCCCCAUUUUUUUCGCUGCGGUGCGUGGUUCGAAGAUCUGUUUUGUUUAUUACUGUUUUUGGACCGCAAAAUUUUAUCUGCAGGGGAAAAAGUGUAUCAACUGUGCUAUUUAGUUAUGAAUCUUGUUGUAAAGUAUGGAAUAGAAGCUGUAAACUAGUGCCAAAUGAUGGAAAGUGUGACUGAAAAAACUGCCUCUUUUUAAUGAGAACCUUCAACCAUCAAUGUGUGAAGAUUCGUCGACGUUGUGCCAGACAAUCGAAGAAAAUCAUAAGUAUGGUUUUAGCUUGUCCUACAAGCAACAACGUUGCGGCUAAUUCAGAUGGAAUAUAUCAAUGAUUAUGGUGGCUUGUUCAAGCUGGAAGAUGGUUAAUAUAUUAAUGAGAAAAACAAAAAUUUAGUACGGUCAUUUUUGUUUCUCUGAUCAGUGAUGAUUCCAGGGAGCAGCCAUUUCUUUCGGUGGCGGAGCGCGUUUCUCCGCGAGUGCUUACCAUAAACCAGUGUUAGUGAGCGCAAGGUAAACUCAAUAAAAGCAAGAAAAACGAGAGUGCGGGAAGAUUGUACUAUUCUGAGUUUAAAUCUAUACACAUACAUACAUGUCAAGUUGUUCUGUGGUUAAGAAAAAUAAAAAUAACUGAAGAGCCGAAGAAAAGCGGCUGUGUUUUGGAUUAGCGGAAGUGCGCUCACAUUGUCGAGAUUGGCUAGUGCUGCUAGGAGAGCGACGGCAGCUGCUCCAAGAAUAGGUGGUGGACGUGAGUGGCAGCUAUCCCGCAAUGAAUGUUUUGUAACUUCACAGUUAGGAAGAGCUAGCCCGAAAUAACUUGUCAAAUCAAUUCAAUUCGUGAUGCUUUCAUAAACUUGCUGUGAAAGUUCAGAUAAAAAAGUGUACAAGGCUAGUAAUAGGCAUUCGAUAACGGUGUAUGCAAUAUGGCAACUCCAAAUUACAAAGAGCUCAAGUUACAGUCACCGGCUGGAGCGGAACCUUUUCUGUACAACUGGCCUUUCGCUAUUGGUGGUGGACACGACAAUGGUAUCGAACUGAUCGAAAAUGUACGAUGGGUGUGCGAGGAUAUGCCAGAAAUUAAAUCCGCUAUAGAAGAGAUCAAUUUGAAUGAACUGGAUACUGGAGAUUAUGAUGCGAUGAAAAAUCUUUGUGAUCGGUUCAACAAAGCAAUCGAUAGUGUGGCUGCACUGGAAAAAGGAACAUCUCUCUCGAGUCAAAGGUUUACUUAUCCAUCUCGCGGUCUUUUACGACAUAUAAUACAACAAGUUUACAACCAAGCCGUCGUUGAACCAGAAAAACUAAAUCAAUAUGAACCAUUUUCACCGGAAGUGUAUGGUGAAACUUCGUUCGAUCUCAUUUGCCAAAUGAUUGAUCAAAUUAAAAUCACCGGAGAUGACGUGUUUGUUGAUCUCGGUUCAGGAGUUGGUCAGGUGGUGCUGCAAAUGGCAGCAUCCACACCAGUUAAGAUCUGUUAUGGUAUAGAAAAGGCUGAUGUACCAUCACGAUAUGCAGAGGGAAUGACCGCAACGUUUAAAUUAUGGAUGCGAUGGUUCGGUAAAAAGUAUGGUGACUACGAGCUUAUCAAAGGUGAUUUUCUUGCUGAUGAACAUCGAGAAAAAAUUACUUCCGCGACUAUUGUUUUCGUAAAUAAUUUCGCGUUCGGGCCGAAUGUCGAUCAUCAACUGAAAGAGCGAUUCGCUGAUCUCAAAGAUGGAGCCAGAAUUGUAUCGUCAAAAAGUUUUUGUCCGCUUAAUUUUCGCAUCACCGAUCGCAAUCUUAGCGAUAUUGGAACUAUAAUGCACGUUAGUGAAAUGUCACCACUAAGAGGGUCUGUUUCAUGGACAGGCAAACCAGUCUCAUACUACUUACACAUAAUAGAUCGCACUAAAUUGGAGAGAUAUUUUCAAAGAUUGAAAACUAAAGGUGGUGAUAAUGGGGAACAAGCGAGCGGAAGUUCUAAUACUCGUGCUUCCAGAUCGAAAAGGGACUCAAAUCAAAAAUCGACAAUCACUAAUGAUGAAAGUAGUUCAGAUAGUGAUGGCGAUACUACAGGACCAACAACGAGAAAAAUCUGGUCGGACUGGUGUAGUGGAAAGGAAAAAAGUAGUCAUUCGGAAGAGGAAAAUAAUAAUUCACCAGUUCUUCGUAAUGGUCGCAUCCCAACGGCAACAAAAAAACGUAGAAAGAUUACGCGUACUAAAACAUCAAAAAAAGAUCCAAUAAUACAAGCAGCACAGCAAGCAGCGAAGGAAGCUAAGGUUGCUGAAACUAAAAAACGUGGUCGAGUUAAAAAGGGCAGGCAGAGAAGAGUACUUAAAAUAAAUGGUCUUGAUCUUCUGCACAGUGAAACACUACUGAGUACAUCAGAACAAGCUAUAGGAAAACGACUCCCGCCAGCACCUGGAUGUGUCGAUCAGUUGCUCACUUCAUUGGCUGGUGAUAUGCAACACAAUGAAUUAGAUAUUCCAGAAGCACCUUCUGAAACACCAUAUGCAUUACAAAUACUGUUAGACUUAUACAAGACUCAGUUUAUAAAAACGAUUGAAGCUAUGCGAAAACCGUCAUAUAAAGACAAUGUGCAACAGCAAGUUGAACGGGAGAGAGAACGAAAUCAACGAUUACUAAACCGAGCUGGGCAGUUAGAAAAACAAAUUAAGGUUCUAAUCGAUGACAGUGUGGCACUGUUGAAAGCUCGAAUGAAUGAGCUUGGUAUCAGCACGACUAGUCAAAACGAUCUGCUUUGUAAGGCUAAAGAGAUUGUGGGCCGGCACAAGGAAUUGCAAGUAAUGGCAGCUAAACUUCAAAACCAGGUUAACUCGAUCGAACAGGAACAAAAACGUUUAGUUUCGCAACACGUGCAGAAAAUUUCUGAAAAAUAUAUAAAAUCAGAAGAUGUAGAGAUGACACCGAAAACAUCAAAUGAAUUAGUGUUGAAAGAAAUUGCAAACACCCUUUCGCAACGAAAAAAAUUAUACGCGCAAGUCUCAAGUCUAGAAAGUGAGCUUAACGUUGUAGAGAAGCUUGCCGAUGAGAGAAAGGCAGCGGCGGCGUUACAGGUGUCUGUAGGCACUCAACAAAGAGAACUACCACAACAGCUUCCUUUAUCUCGAGAACAACAGCACAACCGGAUCGAAGAAUCCAGGCAUGCAAUUACAACGCAACCUUUAUCUGUUCCGGUUGCUGUUCACACACCUCAAAUAACGUCGUCAAAACACGGUUCAGGUUCAUCUAGGUCACAGCGCAAAUCUCGUGAACAUCGAACUAGAUCGCAAGAAUGGCCUGAAAUACCUGAUAUAGGUAAGAUAGAAGAGAACAAUCCUGAGAUUCUAGCUCAAAAAAUACUAGAAACAGGUCGGCAAAUCGAAGCUGGGAAACUUUUGGCUAACACCAGCUGUAAAUAUAAAGAUCGUGAUACUAAAAACAAUCACCUACAGCAGCAUCAACAGCAAAUAGCCCACCACCAACCUCACUCGCAUCAUCCUGGUGACGCUGCAUUGAUGCCUGCACCUCAAACACUUAACAAGUCGCAUCAACGUAGUAACACUAGUGCAAAUAAUACUGCCAAUUUCAACCUGUCGAAAGCGUAUGUACCUGGUUCGAAUGUUACGGGAGAAAUAUCUGCAACAGCAAUAGCAGGUAACUCCAUAAAUGUCAAAUCGGAACCUCGAUCAAGACUGCACGAUUCGCACAAAGUGGUUAACUUUGAAGAUCGUCUUAAAAGCAUUAUCACAUCAGUGUUACAAGGACCUCCAAAAACCAUUAAUAGCAGCGCAGCAACACAGCAAGCUGCCUUACACCAACUAUCACAUACGCGAGAAAUGUCUCAACCAUUAACACAUGGGCAUGGCGAACAUGUUUCUCCCAAUAAGCCAUCAUCGUACGGAAGAACAGUCUACCUUUCUUCCAACGUUUUACCUUCUUCAAAUUCGAUGCACAAUACAGCUAAUGACGUAUCUAUUCGCGGUGUGAGUGGAAACAACAGUAGUAAUGGAAGCCAGCAUAACCUACCUCAUUCCGGCAACGGUUCCUCCGUGGGCCCGCCAGGCCAAUAUCAAACGAUAUUAAAUGUUGUCACUACUACACAACAUCUGAAUGCGACAACAACAAUUACCAACGCUCCUGUAUCACCAUACAAAGGUGUUAGCCAAAGUACGAAAAUCUCACCGAACUCCAAGUACUACCAACAAAAAGGAAUUCCAACUAAUCACCAUUCUCCAGGAACUAACAGUACACAUCAACAAAUUUUACAACAACAAGAGCGCGAGGCACGCGAAUUCAGGCAGACACAAAUGGCUAUGCACUUCAAUCAAUCUCAUGCCGUCGUUGUCGAUUCACAAAGCCAUCAUCUCAUUCGUAGAGGGUCCAGCGAGGGAAAAUUAGAAUUUAAAGCGCCUGAGCAGUUCCGAUUUGAUCCUCGCAAUGUAGUUGAUGUUUCAAUGUUACAGAAUCAUCCAAAAAGUGCAGCUGUAACGACACUAGAUGGAGAAUAUGCCGGGACAUCAACCGGCAUUAAUGUCCGUCAUAACAGUGCCCCGUCUAGUCAACAACUGCAGCAGCAACAAGCCCUGCAGUUAGGUGGAAAUAAUUCUAGACCUGGUUCAUCAUCAUCGCAACCAGACUAUACGCAAGUCUCCCCAGCCAAAAUGGCCUUGAGGCGGCAUUUAUCACAAGAAAAAUUAACUCAUCCAAUAGCUCCGGCAUCUACAAGUACGGUCAAAACUAUCGGCGAUCUCGUUAACGGUGAAAUCGAACGAACUUUGGAAAUCUCCAAUCAAUCUAUCAUAAACGCUGCCGUCAACAUGAGCACUACUGUCGGACCGCAGGGCCACACCGUGAUCAAUACUAAUGUGCAGCGCCCUGAACGCGUCAGUAUACGGGUAUUAGAAGAAGCCACUCGUAAUGCCAGCGUUGAAAAAUGCAAGUCUCCCGUGCAUAUGCAAGGUCAAAGUAAUUUGGCUACCUUAGCACAGGUGGCUACAUAUAGUAACAACAGCAAACCAUCAUUAUCGUCUCGCAUUAGCGGAGCUUCGGUUGAUGGGCGACCUCAUCCUUCAGUUAAUCAACAAUAUUCAUCGGGUCCUCCGCACUCUUCUGUAGUGUAUCCACAGAGCAGAUGUGAUAACUCAACUUAUUCGUCUUCGGAACGUUCAAGUGGAGACACACCUUACAUGGCACUACCACGAGCGGACAUGAAACCUUAUUUAGAAUCGUACUUCAUUGAUGAGCACAAGAGACAACAACAACCGCCAACGCACAGGCAGGAAUCACCUUCCUUAGGAUCUCACAAUCUUUCUGUUACAAAUCAUCCACCCGGUAGUAACAGCAGUCGACCAAAUGAACUGCAUGCACGUGGUUAUCAGGUUGGAGUGAUGGACACUUCACACUCGCGCCGAGAAUCAUUGCAUCUAAUAGAUGAAAGAAUGGAAAGAAUGAACGGAAGUCCCCCGUUGGAGGGUUUGGCAGCAUCACUUCGAGCUCGAGUAAUUGCGUCCCUAAAAAGCAAAGAGGAAGAUGAAGAGAGACAUCGAAGAGAUUUAACCACCUCUUUGCAUGUGGGUUCUAUUAGUAAUAGUUCGAUCUGUAACACCAACAUUCAGCUAGUACAAACUCCGCAUUCCAAAUCUGACAAAUAUCCCACUUCUGGUAUAAAACGAAAGUCUCCAAUUAUUGAAAAUACAUCUCGACCUCCAAAAAUGUUAUUUACGGAUUGUUCAGAUUCCAUGCUCAAUCCAGAUAUACUGCAUGCAGGUCAAGGUGGUUCUGUAGCUACAGCGCGUAGAAUGGGACCUUUAAUGAGUCCAGAAAUCAAUUCACUUUCUUCAGAGGAUCGCCAGCAUCUUUUGCGUCAUAGUAGAAAUGAAGUCGAUGACGAUGUAGGAGAUGACGAAUCUAGCUGGCACGACCGUGUCAGCUCCGGUUUCGAUCGAUUGGUAGCAUUUGCCUCCACUGAACUGGAUAAAACUCGGCGCUCUAACGAGGAAGCUCCGCAAUUGUCGACAAGUUGCACCACAUCGCCAGAUUCUGGUAUCAAUCAAAGCGAUCACAGCCGCACAUUUUUAUCUUCGUCGUCUUCAUCAUCGCAAUUAGAUGUUCCACCGAGUAGUGGUAACUCCGGCAGUAACACUGGGAUUGGUCUUUCUAAAAAUGUUGUGCCAAUUAUAAAAUCAUCACCUGCUGAACCAGUUGAGAGCCCUCCGUUGUCAGAUGUCGGUCUACCUCGGACACCUAGUCCUUCAUCAAGUCCCCCUCUGCUGUACCAAUCCUCAACAGUAGCUCCAACCGCACACAAUCUUCUUCACGGAGGAAAUAAUUUGAAAAUUCCCUUGAAGUAUCAACGGCAGUCGAAGGUAUCAUCAGAGAAACAUUACAAAAAGAAAUUUCGCGAACGUAAUUGGGAAGAAUACGAAGAGAGCCUUGGGGGACGUUUAAGUUCUACGGGUAGUGCAGAACCGCUCGAUCAGGACUAUGCCGAUGGAUUCGUUGCAUCUUCAAGCUCAAAUGUCAGUGCGGGCCUUUCGUCCUCAAAUAAAAUAGACAGUAUAACGACCAAUAAUUCAGAAAUCUCAACGCAUCAUCAUAAACACAAAUCAGCAAAGUUUCGGCCGAAAGGCAAAGAUUGGAACUGGGAUGAUGAACAUUCGAAUGCAUCUUCAUCUAGUUCACAUCGACAUCGGUCCGGCCAUACUCCAACUUGAUAUGUUCUAUGGAAUUCUCACAAGACGAUAUUGAAUGGACCAUCUUUAAUAUAGUUUAAUUUAAGAACGCAUUAUAUGUAUGCCUUUAUUUUAAAUUGUUUGCGUCUAUCUCAAUUUAAUAAUGUAUGUAGCAGUAUGAUUAGAAAUUUCUACCGUGGUUGUGGCAGGUCAUUGCUCAAUGUUGUUGAAAUUAGAGCCCCAAAAUUGAAAAGUUAUUUAUGCCAGUACUUUUCGAGUUCUACAUGUAAGACUGAAUUGAAACCAAAAUAAUCGAAAUAAUGUACUAUUGGAAUUUGUUCGAUUACAAAAUCUUUCAACCCUUUUUUGUUCUAGUUUUCAAAUUUGUUUUUCAAAUUCGGUGCAUUAAAGUAUUUGUAAUUUAAUAACGCAAAUCGAUAAUCUUCGAGAAUAAAAUCUUGUCGCUUAGAUCUAUAUAUGAGAUAUGAGACUUCAACUUUUUUUCUAUUUUGUAAAUAAAAUUAGAAUUUUGCAAUAGCAUUUUCUCGACUAAAAUUCGUGAAAAAAUUAUUCUCUCAGACUGGUUUUUAAGAAAAAUUGUGGUUAAUACGUCAAUAGUGUAGUAACUACUAACCCUAUUAACAAAAUUUUGACUUGUUAUUGUAGUCAAGGGAAAGUCAUUACGCUACUUUGGUACAUUUUAUACAAUGAAAAGCACAGCGAUUCAGGGGUACAAUUUGCAUUGCAAAAUUUUCUAGCAUAACAGAUCUUCUGCUACACGCGGGAUAACCACAGAGCAACGGAGAACAAUUAUUUUUACAUUUUUCAAAGCGUCGAAUGUAUACUGUUUUAAAUAAUUUAUAUGUUACUGACUUUGGUACUACUAUAAGACGAAUUAAUUUGAAGGGUGUUUAAUAAGCAUCUAGAAGCAAAAUCCGAUCUUAUUCCGGAAGAAACUAGCAUGCCAUUUUCCAUGUUUAGGCGUCCACAUUUAUUCUUAUGUGAGCAGCUUGAAAGUUUGUUGUCAUGGCUACUUACUGGUAGCGCAGUUCAUUGUUACAAGCGUUAUGUUGUUCAUAUGAUUAUAUACUCUCCACAACAAUUUAUUCCGGUCUGUCACUGUGUCUUUCAAUUUGUUUGUGACAGUUAUUCAAAAAGAACAAAACUUUCAUAAUUUUACAACAAGCAUAAUUGAACAUGGAAAAAAUAUGACAAAAAAGAAUACUUCAGCAAUAAAAUGUUUAUUAAUUCAAUUAAACAUAGUACAAGCGUUUUAGGAAAGUCAUACAAACUACGUUACCAUUCAAAUAGCAAUUUAUAAAAUGUAACAAACUAUCGGAAAUUGAAGCUGUAUCAAACUGGUAGAAAAAUAUGUUGGGCGAUCCCAAGAUAUUUUGACAUACCUUCCCAAAUAAACGAAAAAACAUACACGAGUAUGAACUAUGAAAAAAUUAGUGAUUAUAAAUCCUAAAGAAACAUGGAAAAUGUCUGCAGUGAAGCGUUGAACUUAUUAAUAUUGUUAAAAUUUAUCUAAAGUACCUGUAUAGAGAGUAGCGCCAUCCAAGGUAACACUGGUAACACUGAACAUCCUUUCUCUUUUCUUUGGACGAAGUUUAAUAGGUUCGUUACUCGAUUGGAAUGACACUGACAUAGAAUUUUUGUUCCAAUUCUAACAGUGUCGUCACUCUGUAUACAUGCACUCUUUAAAUGCUUGGAGCGUUUUAUUUUUUGAAAAAAAAAAACCACAGCAUAUUUCGAAAAUACUAAAUAUGCUCGUAAUCAGUUAGAUCCGAUGUUAGUUGCAAAAUUCCUAAUAUUAAGUACAUGAAAUAAAGUGGAUUUAUGAGGUGGGAUUCUUCACAUUGCCGUCAAACGAACGCUGCUUGUGGUUGUCUUGCUCUAAACUAUUCAUGAUAUAUCGCGAAUAACUCGUAUUCAGAACGAUUCUCAUAAUAGUGGUCGGCUAUUCCUAACUGUAGUGAAUCGCAUCGAUUUCGGUAUUUUAGAUUUUAAAGUUAUAAAUCGAUUAAACAAAAAUCAAUGGGAAAUGUAUCAACGGAUAUGAUUUACAGUGUAAUACUGAAAAUCAUCUCCGAAUGAAUGUGUAAUCAUGUUGAUUAUUUCUUGUUUUCUUUAGAGUACUCAUAAAAGUAUUUCUCAAAAAUGUUUUAUUAAUAUAGAAAGCAAGCAACUGCACUCCGAAGGAAUCUGAAAAAAUCUACUAUUAACUACAAAAGCAGUACUAAAUUUCUAAAUCAAUGUGCACAAGCCUGAAACUGACUAACAUAAAAAGGAUUGUACUGGAGUAAUCGAAGAAAUAGGAAAAAAACGAGUUAACUGAAACUUGUCUACAUAAAUUCGCUGGUCGUUCGAUCUCAUGGUUUCAUGUUUUCAUUUUUAUUUCGAACAAAACGCAGAGAAAACGCAUCACUAGUAGGUGCAUAGUCCGUUAAAAAUAAUCUAAGUUGUCUUUUCCAAUCACCCUGUGUGUGUCGUCCUUCUGACUUUACAUCUACAUUUUACAUAUUUAAACAAUGAAAACUGCCAUUAACUAUGAAGGAAUUAUAGAAAAAUUUUAUUUCUACAAGCUUGUUUAAAAAUAUUAACUCUUGAGAAAACUGUCGAAAAUUACUAGCAACUGAAAAGGACUGGUACGAAACCAACUUUUCGAAAACGUACAAAAUAAGAAAAUAGAUGAAAAUGUAGCUGCCGUUUAAAUAAUGCAUAACUGUCACCAGGCACAUGAAUGAUUGAAAUCGUCGACAUACCGCGUCACUUAAAAGUGAAGGAAUCUAGAAAAUAAUUUAGCUGACAGUAACCGAUUUAAUCAUAAUUAUUAUGAUAAAAAACGCUGCUUGUGACAGGUCGCAUUCAGCAAUGUACAAUAACCGUAAAAAUGUUUUAGUUUAUAACAAUUGUAAUGGCAAAAUACGUCAAAUCACCUCAUAUAUUUUUGAACAAACUGGAAGAGACGCUUUGUGAAUACUUGAAUACUUAAAAAAUUAUUCGGUUUUAAAGAUUUAUUUCGCUCACUAAAUGUACAGUGUUCCAAAAUAGUAGGGCACGCAUGAAUCGUGUCACAAAUGUAGAAAAAAUAGUUUGAUUCCAAUAAUUUAUUCACGGCUCCGCGAAAAAGGUACGUCAAACGCAGAGAUAUUUAAAAGAGAACGGGUGGUUUAAAGACAGAAAAAUACAAAAUAAAUAAAUAAAGGGCUGCUAGUAACAGUAAAAAACACGACGCGUUCUGUUGUGUGCAUCGAUUUAUCUCGCAUAAUUAUAAUGCACAAAUAUUUAGUUCACCGUAUUGCUGCCACAAACUCAAAGACAAAUGGGAUCGGUUGGCAAAUGAGUUAAACAAUAUACCCAUUCUACAGUACUAAUAAUUCUAACCUCUGUCGAGAAUAAUUUUGAUUAACGUGAUUUCAUGUUAUUCACGACGUUCGCAUUGUUUAUUAUCAAAUUCGAAAAUUUUGUGUAAAUAACUUUAAAUAAAUUUUUAAUUUAUCAUAAAUGUAAAAUGAAAUUGUAUAGUUAAGAUAGUGAUAGUGAUAUUGUUUAUUUAUUUAUAAAUAAUUCUAACGGUAUUAGCUAUAUUGUUUGUAAUACUUUGUUUUAUUUGUAUAUAGUAGCAACUCUUUAGAUGAAAUCACACUGACAGAUGAUGGAUCGGGUUUGUUGAAAAUUUAGCAACACUAGGAGGCCUGCGAACUAAAACAAAUGUUUCAAAUUUGAAAACAGCGCGAAUAGUCCCAUUCAAUGAUCGCCAUGAUGUCAUCUGCGGUAAUUCUACUACUGUACUAAAAUAUUGAAAUAAAAUAAUUCCAUACCACAGCAUA